AUGGAUUACUUCCUGAAGGUGAUGGAACAGCCGAAGCUGCUCUACACUCGUAAAUACGAUAAUCCGAAGACGACCGUGGAGAAGGUGUUCGCUCAGCAGCGACGAGCGCAGCAAGAAGAAGUCAAGGCCAAGCGAGUCGUGCAGCCGGAGCGCCGCGUGAAGCCCAUCCGCCACCGACGCGCCAGCAGAUCUUCUUCGAAACGGAUAGCCGUGACCGCGACCCGCCAAGAUCCUAUCGUG